AUGAAGGACAAUGUUACACCCCAAACGACAGGCACUAAAGCUAUUACAAGUACAACAACAGAAUUCAAUCCAACUGUUGUUUUGCUCGGUAAUACAGCCUCUUCCAUUUUCACUACCUCGGUUACCCAACCGUUUGAAUUUUUAAAAGUUGGUCAGCAACUAAAUUUUGGUUCUAAAACUUUCAAUAUGUUGCACAAAGUUAAAUAUUAUUUCACUGGAUUAAGUUCUAUGAAUAUUUCAGUUAUAGGUAGAAAUUUGAUAACAUUUGGCGUUUACAAUCAAGUUUUAAAAUCACUACAAAACUAUAGAACUUUAGAGAACAGUGCCAAGAUCCCAUUUUUCAACAAUCCGGAAAAUGAUGUAUUGAUUGCAGGGAUUGCUGCUAUUUUCACUGAGGGCUUCUGGUCGGUUCCAUUUGAAAAUAUUAAAACAAGAAUGAUUGAAAAUGCUCUUUUACUUUCCCAACGUGAACAACAAGAUACCAGUAGUAAUAAUGCUAAUAAUAGUAAUAUUCAUAACGAGCGUCGUACUUUCCAUAAAAAAAAUUUACCCAAACAUAUCGAGAUAUAUGAAUACUAUCAAAAAAAUCCCUCAAUUGCUUUCCAUAAAGCAGUAAGGGAAAUUGCCCAAAAAAAUGGGAUCCGUGGGUUUUUCAAUGCCAGUGGUCUAACAAUCAUUAGAAGUAUGGGGAAUGCAUCUUUAAGUUUUACAUUUUUCAAUUUUUUAAAAAAUAAGUAUAAUCAAGAUAAUUCAGAAGUCAUAUCUGUUGCCUUGGGUUUAACUUCAUCAUCGUUAAUUGUUGGCCUAACACAACCCAUUGAUGUUGUUAAAACAAGAAUGCAGAGCAGUCAGUACGCUCAUCAUUAUUAUAGGAAUAGUGUUAAUUGUUUCUAUCGUAUGUUUAUAGAAGAAGGCUACAGGUCGUUUUAUAAAGGGUGGUGUCCCAGGUUGUUUAAAAUAGGGAUUGUUAAUGGUGGUGUUGGUUUUGGAAUCUAUCAAUACGUAGAGAAUCUAGUGAACUUGAUGAAUGGAGAGAAGAAAUUAAAGAGUUGA